AUGCUUCUUCUUCUUCUUCUUUUUACAAUCCUGGAGAUCGCCACUGCUGGCCAACGUGGCGGCGUUGGCACCACUGGAACAUCGCCGCCCAAGAAAAUUCGAAAUAUCCACAAUUUGAUUAUCAAAACUGACGACGCAUUCUUCGAAAUCGAAGACGACGAUGAUUUCUCCAGUCCAAGUUCUCCACCGUCACCCUCUUCUGUGGAUCCUCCUUCGAUUACCGUACCCCUGCCACCAAAGUCUGCACCGCCCUUCCCCACACAGCCCGCCCCAACGAUAAAUGGAGACAUCUAUCCCGCCUCCGGGACAGGUACGCCUACGAUACUGUCAAACGGGACUCCUCUGGCACCUGGAAGAAUGUCACCUGCACAUUCAGUGUCUAAUCUCAUAAAUGAAUCCCGACUACAACAAAGUCUCUCCACGCCUUGCAACGGAUCUGAAGAAGAAAUGCACGGUCAACAACGAAAAGAUUCCGAAUACCGGCGAUUCAAAUCAGAAGGAUCAACGGCUGGAGCCAACCUCCCUGCCGCCGAGAAAACCCAUAUGGACGAGCUGUCUCCGGUAGAUCAACGCUCAACAUCAGGUACCACCCGAUUCGCUCUGAUGCAACAGGAUUCGGUCGUGAAUCCGUCAGUUAUCACGAAACUGUCGAAUACGGAACAAGUGGCAAUGAUGCAUACGUUGAAGACGAAACUCUCAAAGUAUCAGUCGUUUUUGGAUAGAGCAUUCGAGUUGAUCGCCGAGAAUACUGAUGAGAAAAUUAUUGAAGGCUGCACAAUAAGCAUAAAAGUGAUGAAAAAGGCUUGGACCACACCGAAAGUGUCGUCUGACUUGGCCAACGCCCUCUGUGAUUAUCUUCGGGAUCGAGACUAUUUCGAUAAACUCAUUAAAAUGUUUACGAGUACAACUUCAACGUCUUGUGAUCAAGUGAAGCUAUCUUGUGGAAAAGUAUUGGAGGAAUGUAUGAGUAGUGCGAAUCGAGACUUUGUUGUGAACAAGAACUACGUGAAAAAGAUAAUGACAGUUGCGAUGAAGCUGACAAAGACACCAGAUCAACAGAGGCUUAGCUUGAGUUUGAUGGAGAGUCUAUUCCAGCACAGUAACGCGGUUUCGUUGAGAACGAAUCUCUCUUCGAAUUCUGAAUACCAACUUUUCAAACUCAAGCCAUUUGCCCCAGCCUAG